ACCAAAAGACACAAAGAGUUGGAGAAGCUUGAUUCAACUCAAACAUGAACAAAGACAAUGAAACAUAUCUAAAACUCUUUUGGGGUGGUUCUAAUCAUCAUAAGAGGUGUUUGUUAUCCAAAAAUGCUAAAGUUACAACAGUUACCACAGCUGUGAUUGUCCUGUUUUGCUUAGUAGCCACUUUUUGUGAUUUUGCAGCUUUGAAUACUUAUAUAAUUGCAGGUGUUUCAAUUGAAAAUCAGAAUCUUUCAUCCAUAUCAAUAGACAAACACCAAGAACAAGAAUUUCCACUUGAAUGCACCAAAGGGACACAAACAUGUCCAAGAAACUACCCUACAAAACAUAACCCAACUAAUCAUAACAACCACAUUUGUCCCUCAUACUUUAAAUGGAUCCAUGAAGAUCUAAAAGCAUGGAGAGAAAAAGGGAUCACAAGGGAGAUGUUGGAAGGAGCAAGAAGGACAGCAAACUUUAAGGUUGUAAUAGUGGAAGGGAGGUUGUAUUUAGAGAAGUAUAAGAAGUCAAUUCAGACAAGAGAUGUGUUCACUUUGUGGGGUAUUUUGCAACUAUUAAGGUUGUACCCUGGAAAGUUGCCUGAUUUGGAACUUAUGUUUGAUUGUGAAGAUAGGCCUGUCAUUCAUUUGGAUAAGUUUCAAGGCCCAAAUGCUUCACCACCACCUUUGUUUAGAUAUUGUUCUGAUCAAUGGAGUUUGGAUAUUGUGUUUCCUGAUUGGUCCUUUUGGGGAUGGGCAGAGACAAAUAUAAAGCCAUGGAAAGAAGUCCUAAAAGAUAUAAAAGAAGGGAACAAAAGGACCAAGUGGAAGGAUAGAGUACCCUAUGCUUAUUGGAAGGGGAACCCUAAGGUUGCUGCAACUAGGAAAAAUCUUAUGAAAUGCAAUGUUACAUCAAAAAAUGAUUGGAAUACUCGCCUAUACGUACAAGAUUGGGAUAAAGAAUCCAAUCAAGGUUACAAAAAAUCCAGCUUAGGGAACCAAUGUACCCAUAGGUACAAGAUAUACAUAGAAGGAUGGGCUUGGUCGGUUAGUGAAAAAUACAUUUUGGCAUGUGAUUCCAUGACAUUAUAUGUUAGGCCCAAAUAUCAUGAUUUUUUCAUUAGAGGCAUGGAGCCAUUACAACACUAUUGGCCUAUUAGAGACGAUAGUAAAUGCACUUCUCUUAAGUUUGCUGUUGAAUGGGGCAACAACCAUGUUGAUAAGGCACAAUCAAUAGGAGAGGCUGCUAGCAAAUUCAUACAAGAGGACUUAGACAUGAACAAUGUAUACAGUUACAUGUUUCAUCUCCUUAAUGAAUAUGCAAAGCUAUUAAAAUUCAAACCAACUAUACCUCAAGGAGCAAUAGAAUUUUGUUCUGAAACAAUGGCAUGUGGUGUAAAUGGUACACAAAGGAAGUUCAUGGAAGAGUCAAUGGUGAAAUUUCCUAGUGAUUCAAAUCCAUGCACUAUUCCUCCUCCAUAUGAUCCUUUAACUUUACAAGAAUUUUUAGAAAGAAAAGAAAAUUCAACAAGACAAGUUGAAAUUUGGGAAGAUGAAUAUUGGCUGAAUAAAAGCAAUGGACAAUAGUAUUGGGUUAGUUGUAACCUUUUUUUGUGUGUUUAAAUUGCCCUUAUUGUAUUAAUACAUGUUUCCUUGCAUCAUUUUUAUAACCACACUCUUUUCCUUCCAAAUAGAGAAAACAAAACUUUGUUGCUGUUUUGUCUUCACAUUCUAAAGCAUGAUUAAUAUCAGCUACAGUUCCAAGAUUA